AUUUACACUCCUUUUCCACACUUUCCUCCGGCACGCGGUCAUAUCUGUUCGGUAAGGAGCGAAAGCUGUAACGAGGAGCGCAAUUCUUGGUGAAUGCACGCUGGACACUGGACUGCAAGGAUCGUGGUCAAGUGGACUUCAGUGAAAAACGUGGAGAGAAAAAAAGAUUUUCAUCUAGGAAAUGCAUCUAGGAGUGCCUUCCCUUCAUUGCAUUUGAGCAGAAAAAGUUUUGCUUUUUCCAGCAUGCAACCUUUUUAUAUCGGAAUACUUUACAGUCCGAAUUUCCUAACGUGCAUAUACCUUGGCUUUAGUGCCCCAGUAGCCUCAGCCACUUACGUGCAUAUGCGAAGGUAGGGUGCUGCUCUUGGUAUGCGCGCUUGAGGUAUUUAGGAUAUCUAGUGGACUAUCCCGUAACACUCUCUAUUUAGGAUCCGGAGAGGAUUUCCCUCCUCUCGUACUAUUUUUGGAAGAUUUUCAAAAAACUGGAAGUGGAUUUUGAUUGGGAAAAUCUCGUGUUCGACUGUUUACAAGCACCGCGUGCGCGUAAGCCGCUGCCAACAGUGUGAAAAAGCGGCGGAAAGAAGGAGAAAAUAAACCAGCAUUUUCGCUUCUCAGAUAUCUGCACGAUCGGUAGUGAAUCAAGCGGAAUGUUUUGCAUUUAGUCUGUUGUAAGGUGUUAUUUUCGAGAAGAGAAAAUGUGCGUAGAAGCGACUCCUGUAGUAAUUGGAGCCGAGCCCCUGGCUGCAAUCGUCCCGGAGGAGCAGCCGGCGCACCAAGGGCUAGCACAGGUGGCUCCCGAUGGGGACCAGGACCUCCUCACCUGUGGCCAAUGCCAGAUGAACUUCCCUCUGGGGGAUAUCCUUGUUUUCAUCGAGCACAAGAGGAAACAAUGCGGCAGCAACCUGUGCAUGGACAAGCUGGUGGAUAGGCCGCCCUCACCCCUGCUCCCGCCGCCCCAAGGCCAGCUGCGGAGAUCGUCCAACCCAGUGGAGGUGGGCGUCCAGGUGACGCCGGACGAUGACGAUUGCUUGUCCACGUCCUCCCGUGGAAUUUGCCCAAAGCAGGAGAACGUACCAGGUAAAGAUGAGCCCAGCACCUACACCUGCACCACCUGCAAGCAGCCCUUUGGCAGUGCCUGGUUCCUGCUGCAGCAUGCGCAGAACACGCACGGCUUUCGCAUCUACCUGGAGAGCGAGCAUGGCAGCCCGUUGACGCCGCGUGUGGCCGUGCCGCCAGCCAUGGGUGCCGACUGCACCUCGCAGCCGCCGCUGCACGGCCUGCACCUGCCCGAAGGCAGCCCCUUCAACCUGCUGCGCAUCCCCGGCUCGGUGUCGGGGCGCGAAGGCCCGCCCCUGCGUGAGGGCCGCUUCCCGCCAACUCCGCCCCUCUUCAGCCCGCCGCCGCGCCACCACCUGGACCACCAGCGCAUGGAGCACCUGACCGCUGAGGAUUUGGCCCUGGCCACCGCCCACCACCCCAGUGCCUUCGACAGGGUGCUGCGCCUCAACCCCAUGCCCCUGGACCCGCCCCCCCCCAUGGACUUCUCACGCAGGCUGCGGGAAUUAGCUGGCAACACUUCCACGCCGCCCCUGUCGCCUGGUCGGCCCAGCCCCAUGCAACGGCUGCUGCAGCCUUUUCAACCGGGUGCCAAGCCCCCCUUUAUGGCCACGCCCCCUCUUCCCACCAGCCAAUCCCCUUCCGGCUCGCAGUCCACCCCCAAUCAGCCGGCAGGCCAGUCACAGGGCACACCCAUGAAGACCAAGUCGUGUGAGUUCUGCGGCAAGUCCUUCAAGUUCCAGAGCAACUUGAUUGUCCACCGGCGGAGCCACACGGGCGAGAAACCCUACAAGUGCCACCUGUGCGACCACGCCUGCACGCAGGCCAGCAAGCUGAAGCGCCACAUGAAGACACACCUGCACAAGUCAUCACCUGGCACCGUCAAGUCGGAUGAUGGUCUCUCCUCCACCAGCUCGCCGGAGCCGGGCACCAGCGACCUGGUGGGCAGCGCCAGCAGCGCCCUCAAGUCGGUGGUGGCCAAGUUCAAGAGCGAGAACGAUGGUCUCGUGCCCGAGAACGGCGAGGAGGAGGACGAGGAAGAGGAGGAGGAGGAGGAAGAGGAGGAGGAGGAGGAAGAAGAGGGCGAGGAGGAAGAGCUAGAAAGCGACGGGGGUAGGAAUAGCUAUCACUUUGGGCUGAACCUGGAGGCGGCGCGGCAUCACGAGAACAGCGGUGGGCGGCUGGUGGCAGAGGAUGGCAUCCCACGCUCGCUGCCAGAGGUCAUGCAGGGCAUGGGGCUGGCGGCCAGCAUGCAGCACUACAGCGAGGCCUUCCGGCAGCACAAGCGUGGCGCCCUGGGCUCUGACGGUGAGGCGCAUCGCGACAUGUGCGACGACGACUCGGCACUGGAGUCCGACCGUGUGGACGAGGGCUGCGGCGCGGUCGUCAACGGACGUGGCUCCUCUCCCAGCGAGUCGGCCUCUGUCGGCCUCUCCAAGAAGCUGCUUCUGGGCAGUCCGAGCUCGCUGAGCCCCUUCUCCAAACGCAUCAAGCUGGAGAAGGACUUUGACAUCCCCACGCCAACCAUCCCCAACACAGAGAACGUGUACUCACAGUGGCUGGCCGGCUAUGCCGCCUCUCGCCAGCUCAAGGACCCCUUCCUGAACUUCGGAGACUCCCGACAAUCGCCGUUCGCCUCGUCCUCGGAGCAUUCCUCGGAGAACGGCAGCCUGCGCUUCUCCACGCCGCCCGGCGAGCUGGACGGGGGGCGCAGUGGCACGGGUAGCGGCGGCAGCACGCCGCACCUGGGCGGCCCCGGCAGGCCGAGCUCCAAGGACAGUCGACGCAGUGACACAUGCGAGUUCUGCGGCAAGGUGUUCAAGAACUGCAGCAACCUGACAGUGCACCGGCGCAGCCACACGGGCGAGCGGCCCUACAAAUGCGAGCUGUGCAACUACGCCUGCGCCCAGAGCAGCAAGCUCACCCGGCACAUGAAGACACAUGGGCAGGUGGGCAAGGACGUGUACAAAUGUGAAAUCUGUAAGAUGCCUUUUAGCGUGUACAGCACUCUGGAAAAACACAUGAAAAAAUGGCACAGCGAUCGAGCCUUGAGUAAUGACAUCAAGACUGAGUAGGUGAGAGCAGAGGAAACGAUCUGCCCACAAAAAAAACGCUCCCCCCCUGUAGAUUUCCCCCUGUCACACUUGUCCCGUGGAGAACUAAGACAUCCUUGGAGCUGGUACACCCCGCCUGUUCACCGUCGAAUGCAUGAUCUUUAGCCGGGCAAUACUAUUGCAUUGACGCAAACUAGGAGCCUUUCUCUUGUGCAAUAAUUUACGUGCUUCUGUUUUUUUCUCCUUUCUUCUCCUCCCCCCUCCUUUUUUUUAAAAAAAAAGUAAUUAAACAGCAUGCAUGGUAUGUUUUUGGCUAAUUUUUAAAGAGAAAUUGUCCCUGGUUGGUUAGUUGUUGAGUAAAUGUAUCGCUGUUUUCUCGUUAUGUUUUAUUUAAAAAAAAAAAAAUAGAAAAAAGAGAAAAAACAACAAAAACAUAUUGAAAACAAGGUGACCAUGCUGCAUCCAGUCUGUUAUACAUAUCAUGUAUAGUUUUGUUUUGUAACACGGAGGAAAAACAGUCUUUUGCCUAACCCUCUGGUUUGAACCGAUCUUUAAAAAAGAUUUUGCGUCCUUACAGGGUUGGAAAAUAUUAAUUGGCUUAAACGUAUCGAUUGUUAAAAUUAAAUCAGCUACGGCUUUGCAAUUUUGUGAGAGAAAAAAAGUGAAACAGCAGUUAUCUAAAUUUGUAUUAUCACUUGGUAAAACAGAAAGAUGUAGUGCCUUGGAUCUGCCAACUGCAUUGAUUUAAUUCCAUUUCUUAGAAGAAAUUUUAUGGUCCUUGCAUCAAGUACCUUACUGCUAGAGUCAACUGUGACUUAAGAAAAACAAACAGAAUUGUAAAGCGAAGAAAAUCUCUAGUUAAUCAUCAUUUAGCUACCUAUAAUGUACCUAUAAUGACUGUUGUACUUACACGGUACAUGAUGUAUUGUGUGGGGUUAGACCUCUAUUUUAUUUUUUUUCUUCGUUUUUGGUCUGGUGGCACUGAUUGCUGAUCCAUAAUCCUCCCGUCGUUUUUUUAAGCGUAGACGCUGUGAAGAUGUCCCUCCCUUCGCAGCAGAAACGUGAAGACACCCGACCUCCUCCGCGUUCGACAGGAGCUGCGUUAAUGACCGGGGCACCUAAAGUCCUUCAGGGCAAUUCCGUUCUGACGAGCUCGAUUGAAAUUGAUUGGAAGUGAUGGAAAUGUCAGGGAGAGGUGGCAGGGAUCCCCUCGUUCCAUCUAUGGCAUCAUGCAGACAUUUUUUAUUUUUUUUUUAUAUAUAAUUUAUUUUAAAGAAUCCACCACUGAUGAUUAACAAUGAAUCGCCUGAAGAUUGAAACUUUCAACUCAUCAUUCAUAAAAGCACCCAUAUCUGAAUUCUUCAAAGAACAGGCCGAUGAAAUAAAGAAAGUGCAAGAUUUUUUAAAAAUCAUACACUGUGUAUGUUCUUUUCGUCAAAAUAAAACAAGACCUGUUUUCACGGUUCACCUACAGCAUCCGCCCCAGUAAAUGUUGAUAUAGCACUUGGCACUCAACUGUAGGCCGUACCUGGUUCUCUAAUCGGCGCUACGGUGGUUGAGUAUAAAAUUAUUGUACAAAAAAGUGCACUGUUCCGUUUUCCCAGUUUACAGGUGUCAGUUUACAGGGGAAAGAAUAAAAAUGUAUAGCUGACUGAUGGACACAUCGUUUAGCGUAGACUGGGGAUGAAAUCAGUUUGCCAGCCCUAACUUCCCAGAAUGCCGAGCGGUUUGGUAUCGUGGCUGUGAUCGGGCAAAGACUUCCCUGCUCGAGGAAAAAAAAAAAAGAAUGAACAAAACUUGCUGCUUAAACUGCAAGAAUUUUUUGUACAUUUUUUAAAGUAUAAAUAUUAAAAAUGGACUUUUUUUUAAAACAACAAUGACACUUCGUUAUCUUUAGGGGAAACAGUAUUUUAAGUUUGUCGUUGUUUCUCUUUCCUCUCUUAGUGUUGUUCAGGACUUGAUCAAUAAACUUGAUCAAGGACUUGAUAAAUUUGAAAAAAAUCUGAGUUUUUUUUCUUUUUGCUUUGGCUGUUCACAGCUCUUCAGGUUGACAAAACUUGCAUUGGGGAAAGGUUUAAGAUUAUCUAUAAAUAUAUAAUAGAGAAUAUAGGAAAAUGCACACUCAUGUCGAUUCCUAUGCUAAAAUACAUUUAUGGUAUACUUUUUCUGUAUUUCUAGAAUGGUAUUUGAAUUAAAUGUUCACCUAGUGUAGGGACUAUAGUAUUUAUAUUGAGGCUCGUAUUUUUAACUGUUGCUUGUUCUCUUAAAAAGGUAUCGACAUACCUUUUUUUGGUAGUGGAAAAAAACAAGCUGCCACGGUAUAUUUUUUUAAUUUGGCAGGAUAAUAUAGUGCAAAUUAUUUGUAUGUUAAAAAAAAAAACAAACAGAAAUAAAAAAAAAAUUAAGCUGUGGUAUUGUACAGAUUAGGGGCCAUGAGAUGGACCCCCGCCCCCCAGAAGUCCUUUCUGAAUGUCCACAGUAGCGCUAACAGGUGGCUGUACAUAUCUCUUUUUUUAAUUUUAUUUUAUUAAAUUCGUCCGCUGCCGCCAGUCAGUACGCAGUAACGCAAGCCGAUGUCGGGUCGUCCCGUAGUGUUCCUCCGCCACCCACGUGACUACAUUCCAGCAUCAGAAACAGAAACGUCAUAUGCAGUAAAUGAUUACGGGGAAAGAAAAAAAAAAUAAAAAAAAUAAAUGAAUUUAGAAAAAAAAAUAAUCAAUGUUUUUGCAGGUUUUUUUUUUUCUUUUCAUUGCCAAAUACUAAAUGGUGCUUUAUAUUUAGAUCGGGAAGAAUUUCAUAUGCAAAGCAUAUUUAAAAACAAUGUAACGAAAUAAUGGGGAAGCCCACUUGAGUUGAUACUUUUUGUAAAUGGCAAUGUGGAAUAUUUUGUUAUCUGCCUUUUCUAUUCCUGUUCUGGAAGCUGUUUGUUGUAAACUGAACUUGAACGUAUCUUUUACAAUGGGAGUCACUAUUUAUUACUACUUAUGUGCACUGUUCAAAACAGAGGCGCAUAUAUUAUUUUUUUUUUUUUUGGGGUAUUGUUUUUGUUUCGUUUUUUAUUUUUUUAAAAGAACGGCCAAAGGUCAUGGCUGACCUAGCUUUUCGUUGUACAUGUUUCUGGUCUCUGUUCUGUUCUGUUGAGAAUGCCACUGUCUGUGUUCUCUGGCAGGUGUCUGCAUAAUCCUGUUCACACAACCAUUUUGUCCCUUUAUUGAGGAGAAAAAAAAAAACAAUUAAUAAAAAAUUUAAAGUAUA